AUGUUUGGUUCCAAGACACCUGCCUGUGAUUUUCAAGUGAACGAAAAUAAAACUUUGAUUAGCUGCUUCAGGCAUACUACACAGGUGAGGAAGCUCCUGGAUAGUGAUGAAGAGUUCACAUUUUCCUCAGAAGAAGAGCGGGAAUCCAACGAAGAACGUUUGCAUUUUGAAGAGCGACUUGAUCCAGCCGAGGAUACAAUUUCAAAUGAGUUCUGUAUGGUGUAUUCGGAGGUUCCAAAUUUCAGUGAGCCAAAUCCAGAGCUGCUUGCACAAGCUAACCAACAGAAUAAGACCGGUAAAGAACAGCAGGGAAAUUCUCCACCGAAUCAAAAUGCAGGUACACCUGCUCAAACAGGAAAUGGUAGUGUGCCAGUAUUUCCUAAUAACAAUGCUGCUCCUGUGCCUCGGGAUCCCAACCUUGGGGCUCCAGGAAGACCCAACGGCCGUGUUCCAGGCAACGGGCCACCCCCAGUAACGGCAGGGGGACCUCCUGCUCCACCAAAACCCACAGUCACCAUUAGCAAUGGCAGGGACCCAAGAAGAGCUUCAAAAAGAUGAGACAUUGACUGCAAAACAACUUCCCUGUUCCCACUCCUCCCUAAAAUCCUGCCACUCCAGUCUGCUCACUACAAUUGUACAGGGGGUUUAUCUGAGUUACCGUAGCCUUUCUGCCAGCUCAAACCAGUCUGGCCAUUCGCCGUUGACCUCUAUCAUCAACAAGGCAUUUCCAUCUGUAGAACUGCCGCUCACUGGAUGUUUUUUUGUUUUUCGCACCAUUUUGAGUAAACUCUAGAGACUGUUGUGCUUGAAAAUCCUAGGAGAUCAGCAGUUACAGAAAUACUCAAAACAGCACGUCUGGCUGCAACGAUCAUGCCACGGUCGAAAUCACUGCGAUCACAAUUUUUUCCCCAUUCUGUUGGUUGAUGUAAAUAUUAUCUGAAGUUCCUGAUCCGAAUCUGAAUUAUUUUAUGCAUUUCACUGUUGGCACACGAUUGGCUGAUUAGAUAAUCAAAUGAAUAAGUAGGUUUACAGGUGUUCCUAAUAAAGUUCUAAGUGAGAAUAUAUAGACGGCCACCUUUGGGCAUUGCAUUGUGACUCAUGCAUUUUUUUUUUUAUUAUUGUUGGAUUUUUAA